AUGGACCUGUCGCUCUUCCAACAGGCCGGCAACGGCCAGCACGGCCGCUCCGUAGCUGUCGGACGUGGCAAUGCCUCGUCGGCCUUGACCCCGAGCUCCGUGUCCAACACCUCCAUCGCGUCUCCCGGAUCCGUGUCCGGGAGCCUUCGUCUGCCGGUCAUCGGCGGCGGCGGCCCCGGCGGCCUGGGUGGGCUCGACUAUCGCGGCAUUGUCUCUCAUGAUCAGGAUGCCGAGUUGACGCUGCCCGAGACUCAUGCGGGUGGGCCUCCCAAGAAGAAGCAGAAGCGAAACAAACCCACGCUGUCGUGCCACGAGUGCGUUGAACGAAAGACAAAGUGCGAUCGAGGUCGACCACAUUGUCUUGCGUGCAUCAAGCGGCAAACUGAAUGCUUAUAUGCACAUGUUGCCAAUGUAAUCGAGGAGACGUCGAGAUCGGCUGCCAAUGGGCGCCGCAUGACCAAGCCUCCAAAGAAAAAGCCUGGGUCUUUUGGAAAGCUUCCCGUUCCCAACAUCGCGGACAGGAAUGUCAACAGUAGCGACGAUACCCCGUCCAGAGGCGCUAUAGCUCUCUCUAUCGGCUUGCUAUCAAAUGUCCCAUAUUCCGUGGCCACUGCUAGCAACGUGUUCGGGAUAGGCUCGGAGCAUCCUUUUGCAAAUUACUGGACUUGUGAAGGAGGUCUCCCCGAAGUCAUAUCCGUGCUUCCCGAGAAGCUCCAGGCCGAUAUUCUGCUUUCUCGGUAUUUCGAAUGUGUAGACCCGGUGUAUCCCAUGAUUCAUCGCCAGACAUUCUAUGCCGACUAUGAGCACUUUUGGCAGAUGAGUAUCCCGGAGAAGAAUCAGGUUGACGCUGCAUUCAUUGCCCAAAUCUUUGUCAUGCUAGCUUUGGGCACUCAGUUUGUCACGUCCACGACGGCGCAGGAGAGGAAGCAGACGGCUGAGUUUUAUGCUUCAGCUAGCAACCAAGCUCUCCGGAUGUUCUCGUAUCUCAGCACAGCAUCGAUUCGGUCCAUCCAGGCCAUGGUUUUAAUGACUUAUUUUCUCAUCAACGACAAUCACGCUUCGGAUGGAUGGGCAUUUGCUGGAAUAUUGAUACGUCAGGCCUAUGCCAUGGGCUUGCAUCGUGACCCCAACAUAGUUACACCAGAUGCCAGUCCGUUUGAGAAGCAGCAGAGACGCAAGGUCUGGCAAGCGGUCUUGCUGCAGGACACGUUCCUCACGGUCCUCUUGUCCCUGCCGCCAUCUGCAACGCACACCGACGUGUCAGUUGAUGACUUGCUCGACCAUGGGUCCUCCAUUGCCAGCAGCGACCCAACAGACAACGCCUACAUCCGGGGCUCUUGGACACUGGCGAAUCUUGUGCAAGAGACGAUAUGCUCUCCGCGGUCUCUCGACGUGCCCAUCUGUGCAACGGCGCGGCACAAGUCCAAGCUGAUUGCCGAUUUCCGAGCGGUGUAUCGGUCCUUUCCGGACGUUUUCCGCUCGUGGGACACUGAGAGCCUGACGGCGUUGGCCGGGACAAACAAGAGAGUCGUGCGUCAAACGCUGUUCCUCACGAGCAACUACUUUCACAACCUCAUGUUGGUUCACGCGUCGGAGAGCCCGGACGUUCCGGUCAAUGUGCGGGGCACGCUGGAGGCUGCCCACGACGCCAUCGGGGCCUUCUUCUUGCUGUUCAACUUGCUGGAGAGCGAGGCUCGCGUCUGGUGGGUCUUCAACCACAGGGCUUUUCUUGAGGCUCUGUGUAUCGGCAACGUCUUGAGAGAAGCGGCCAAGGAGUCACUGGGCAAGGAGCUACUGGCGAAAGACCCAUUGUUUGUUCGAGCCAAGGCAGACAUCACUCGAAUGAUUCAGAUCAUGCAGCAGAUGGCCGAAGACUCCGAGGUUGCCCGAACUAGGGUCCAAGUGCUGAGCGAGUUUCUACUCUAA